CGUCCUCCAUCUCUACCCAUACGCAAGGCAUCGCCGACAUCAAGACAAUGUCCGGAAAACUCGCAUCUGAAUACUCUGCCUGGCAGAAGCUCCAGCAGAUCUACACCUCCGAGAAAGACCAGCUCGUCCUCAAAGAUCUCUUUGCAUCCGACCCAGCUCGAUUCUCCAAGUUCUCCAAAGAAUAUGUCUCCUCGUCUAACCCCGCCAACACUUUCCUCCUUGACUACUCCAAGAAUCUAGUCACCGAGCCCAUCCUCAAAACCCUCCUCGAUCUCGUCCGCGAGGCCGGCGUCGAGGAAUACCGCGACAAGAUGUUCGCCGGAGAGCACAUCAACACUUCCGAAGACCGUGCCGUACUGCACGUUGCUCUUCGUGGGUUCGGGAAGCUGAACACCAAGGAGCCUGGUGUAGAUGAGGUCGGAGACGUCCUCAAGCAUAUCCAGGAGUUCACCGAUGCGGUGAGGGAUGGGUCGUGGAAGGGAUAUACUGGAAAGACGAUCAACACCAUCGUCAACAUCGGUAUCGGUGGCUCCGAUCUUGGACCUGUAAUGGUCACCGAGGCGCUGAAGAAUUACUCGAAGCGUGACCUCACGGCCCACUUCGUCUCUAACAUCGAUGGCACCCAUCUCGCCGAGACUGUGCGCGCGUGCGAUCCCGAGCGCACGCUCUUCAUCAUCGCCUCCAAGACGUUCACCACCCAGGAGACCAUUACGAAUGCCGAGUCUGCGAAGGAAUGGUUCCUCCAGACCGCGAAGGACAAGGCGCAUGUCGCGAAGCACUUCGUCGCGCUCUCGACGAACGAGAAGGCGGUUACUGGGUUCGGGAUCUCGAAGGAGAAUAUGUUCCCGUUCUGGGAUUGGGUCGGCGGUCGGUACAGUCUCUGGAGUGCGAUCGGGCUUUCGAUCGCGCUCGUGAUUGGUUUCAACAACUUCCAGGAGUUGCUCCAGGGUGCGAAUGAUAUGGACAAGCACUUCAGGGAGACGCCGCUGGAGAACAACUUGCCAGUGUUGUUGGCGGUUAUUGGGCUGUGGUACAACGACUUCUAUGGCGCGCAGACCCAUGCACUCCUGCCUUAUGACCAGUACCUGCACAAGUUCGCGGACUACUUCCAGCAGGGCGACAUGGAGUCAAACGGCAAGUUCGUCACCAAGGGCGGUGAACGUGUGAACUACCAGACUGGCCCCAUCAUCUGGGGAGCUGCUGGUACGAACGGCCAGCACUCAUUCUAUCAGCUCCUCCACCAAGGCACCAAGCUCGUCCCGACCGACUUCCUCGCCCCCGCCACGACGCACAACCCGAUCCGCAACUCACUCCAUCACCGCAUCCUCCUCAGUAACUUCUUUGCUCAGCCCGAGGCGCUCGCUUUCGGCAAGACGGAGGAGCAAGUCCGUCAGGAGGUCGGCUCGAAGGCUUCCGAGGCUCUCGUCAAGUCAAAGGUGUUCGAGGGUAACCGCCCGAGCAACAGCAUCAUCUUCCCUCUCCUUACGCCGGCCACUCUCGGUUCGCUCAUUGCGCUCUACGAGCACAAGAUCUUCACGCAGGGUGUCAUCUGGGGCAUCAACUCCUUCGACCAAAUGGGUGUUGAGCUCGGUAAGGUCCUCGCGAAGAACAUCCUGGCGCAGCUCGAGAAGCCGGACGAUGUGAAGGGCCACGACUCUUCGACCACCGGCCUCAUCCACUACUACCAGAAGUACAGGAAGGAGUAGGGGAUCGUGAUUAUUUUAUUGGGAAGAUGGAUGACAUCGAAGAAAGAAAGGAGAAGCAUACCAUAGACGAUUUUACGAAGUGUAUGUCGAACUGCUGUAGCCUGUACGGGAGUAAAACGAAUAGAGAACUGUAGUUGUACUAUGGCAA